GUAUUAGCAACACAAACGUUUUCACCAAACAUGAAUGUGGAACUACAUCUGAGUCUGACACGGAAGUAAAUUAAUUAAAGGUCACAGUUCAGUUUUGCGUCAACACAUGUUCAUCCUACACAGCCAUGCGUUUUGAGGCAGGGGACUUUUUACUUCAGUAGUUUGUGAUUAUUUAAAAGGAUAAAAAUGCCAAAAGACAUAUCAUCGUCUUCAAGCGAAGACGAAGUGGAGAGUCCUACCACGGAACCAGUAGCACCAGUAAGAGAAACAGAGAAGAUAACAAAGUACGAGUGUCCUGCUGAUUUUGUGUCUUUCUGCCACGUACCCUGCAGAAACACUCUGGCAGAGCGGUUAAAGAAAAAUAAGAAUGAGUUAUGGCUCAUUAAAGCUCCUGCCAGCUUUAACCCAGAAUGUUUCAGUGGCAUCAAGGUCCCUCUCUCAGGUCUUCAGACCCUGAAGGUUCCCACCUCUGCAGCUCCUGAGAGCGGCCAAAAGAUCUACAGCAUCUUGGCGUCUGACCACGCCACCCCAGAGCUUCGCUUACUCACCAGCAGCAAGCAGGCGUCCAACGCUGUGGCUUUCGGUCCCGCUUUCACAGGUCUGCUCAACAUAUGUGAGAGUUACGGAGACAGCAGCACCAACCAAGCACCUCAGGUCAUCCCCGCCGCUCCCGCGCCCGCAAUACCUACCGGGCUCAAACAGCGGUUCCACCCCUUCGGCAGCAAGACCCCCACGCUGACCUUUGUGGCAGAGAACGAGGCGGAUGGAGCCGCCUUUGGGCCCUCGUCUACAACUCUCCGCCCGCUGGUGGUGAAGCAAUUCGUCGAGGAAGCGGAGGAGGAGGGCAGGAAAAGGAAGAAGAAAAAGAAAGAAAAGCGGAUAAAGUCAGAGGUGAUGGAAGAAGUGGUGGCGGUGAAACAGGAACCUGACGAUGAAAUUCAGGAAGAGGCAAUGAUGGAGCUGCCCUUCCAGGAGGGGGAUCAGCUGGUGGAGAAGAGGAAGAAGAAGAAGAAAAAAAAGGACAGGGAGCAAGAGGAGGUGGAGGGAGGACUGGAGCCAAAUGUGAAGGUGAAGGUGGAAGAAGUUUCUGUAAAAUCUGAACCAAUGGACUCUUGGCUGGGAGAUGCAGCCGAGUCAAAGAAGAAGAAAAAGAAGAAGAAAAGCAGAAAUGAUGAUGACUAAUCAGCGUCUUGUUGUUUACUAGUUUACUUCCAAUUUACUCCAGUUUGUUGAUGUGUUGGCAGGAAUGAAGAAUUCUGUAGCAUCUGAAGAGUGAGAUGAUUUAUAAAGGGGGUUGAUUUCAGCAUCUUUUAAGCCAAUGUUCCUUUUGCACAGAAAUAAAGUGCAGCCACAUUUAGAAGUGAGUGCAUGGAGAAAAAGGCUGCAGAUAGGAGGGAUUUCUCUGUUUUCUGCCAGUGUCUGUCAAGUUGAGGCGGAUUUUAUGGGAUUGUGCUCAUUCUGUGUUGCUGUGUUUACACAUCCACCGUGAAGGGUUUGGUUCCAGAGCUGAUGUAAAGACAGAUUAAUGAGACGGUGUCACGGCAGAUAUACUGUUUGUUUUUUUAUAAACGUUGUGAGUCACGUAUUGGAGAAACUGUAGGAAAACAAAAAGUCCUAAACUGAUUAAAGAUUUUUUUUUCUUAAAAAAAAAAAAAAGAGAGAGAGAAAGAGUAAUGUGUUUGUGCUGCAGUUUGGACCUGAAAUUGUACAGCAACAUUUUC